GCAUCACUUUUGUGGACUAUCUCAGCUCAAGCACCCUUGGCCACAUGAAAUGUGAAGCAGGGGUGGUAUUGGAUAUGUGAUAGGAACAAAGCAAGCCAAGGUGGCAGUCAUUGAUAAGAGUCAUUGAUUUAAAGAAGCAAGGUUUCUGGAGCUAUGAACCCUAUAAAAAUGAUGGUAGCCCACAAGCAUAAUCUCUUUUUGAUUGGCUUCUUUGGCUUUUGUGUGGAGCGUUUUGUACAGGGCCAAAAAAACAACACUGUCAUUUUCACCAGGGAAAACACAAUUCGUAAUUGCACAUGUCCUGAUGAUAUUGGCAACAAUGACUGCGAUUACAUCUUGGCAAAUUUAAUUUGUAAUUGUAAGACUGUCUUGCCUAAUACAAUAGACAAAACCUACUACAACAAUCUGACAAUUUGGUUCACAGACACAGUUAUGCUGGGAAUGCUGUUAAACUUUUCAGCUGUGUAUGACCUGAAGCUCUCCCUCUGUGGCUCUGUUCCUCUGUCAACUGAGUACCUGACUAUCUGGGGAUUGCGAAGACUACAGAUCAAAACGAAGCACAAUGGUCAGUUACAAGAGCAAAGUUUAACCAUCUUCAGUAGCUACGACAAUGACGUGCAAGAUAAAUUGAAGAUGCAGUGCAAAGGAAGGCAAAUGAUUAAUUAUAUUUCUGUUUUAUAUACAUCUCUUUUCAAUAGCUACUCCCCACUGAAAUCAUACAGUGUGGAAAAUAUUUCCAACGUUACAGACCACUUUCCAAGCCUGCCAUAUUCUGAUAUCUUCACUACUAAUAAUAAAAGAUAUGUCAUAACAUUCAUUUACUGA